AUGGCUAAAUUUAAGUUUGGCAAAAAGAAAUUAGAAGAUUCAACAACCUCAGCAACUACUACAGGUAAAUCAGGUACAAUUAAUUCAUCAUCAAAUUUAUCAUCACCUUCAUCAUCAAUUGAAAAAAGAAAACAACAACAACAACAUAAGAAGACAAGUUCAAAUUCAAGAUCUCCAUCAACUAAUUCUUCAAAAAGGAAAACUUAUAGAUUUUCAAUAUUAAAUUCAUCUCAAAAUUCUCCAAAAUUAAUUGAUAAAACUUCAUCAUCAAAAUUUAAUAAUAAUAGACAUUCAUUAACUGACGAAGAAGAAAAUUACGAUACUGACGAUUAUUUACAAAAUAAAAAUAAAAAAAUGCCUUCAAUUCAUGAACCAUUAAAUAAUCAUAAUCAUUAUGAUGAUAAUGGUUAUGCUGUUGGAGGAAUUGGAGAACCUUUACCUUAUAAAUCAAGAGCUCCUCCUCAUUUAAAUGUUACAAAUCCUUGGAAUAGAUUUAAAAUCUUUGAUUCUCCUUUCCCAAGAUAUAGACAUGCUGCUUCAUCAAUAACUAGUGAAAAAAAUGAAAUUUUUAUAAUGGGAGGUUUAAAAGAUGGUUCAGUAUUUGGAGAUACUUGGAAAAUUGUUCCACAAGAAAAUUCAAAUGGUGAAAUUUUAACUUAUAUAGCAGAGAAUAUUGAAAUUGUUAAUAAUAAUAAUCCUCCUGCAAGAGUUGGUCAUUCAUCUGUUUUAUGUGGUAAUGCAUUUAUUGUUUAUGGUGGUGAUACAGUAGAAACUGAUUCUCAAGGUUUUCCAGAUAAUAAUUUUUAUUUAUUUAAUAUAAAUAAUCAUAAAUAUACUAUACCAUCUCAUAUAUUAAAUAAACCAAAUGGUAGAUAUGGUCAUACAAUUGGAGUAAUAUCAUUAAAUAAUCAAUCAUCAAGAUUAUAUUUAUUUGGUGGUCAAUUAGAAAAUGAUGUAUUUAAUGAUUUAUAUUAUUUUGAAUUAAAUUCUUUUAAAUCUUCAAAAGCAAGUUGGAAUUUAGUUGAUCCAUUAAAUAAUUUUAAACCUCCUCCUUUAACAAAUCAUUCAAUGUCUAUUUAUAAAAAUAAUAUUUAUAUAUUUGGUGGAGUAUAUAAUAAUGAAAAAGUUUCAAAUGAUUUAUGGAAAUUUGAUAUUGAAAAAGAAAAAUGGGAACAAAUUAUAACAAAUGGUGAAAUUCCUUUACCCGUAAAUGAACAUUCUUCAUGUAUUAUAAAUGAUAAAUUAUAUAUUUAUGGUGGAAAUGAUUUUAGUGGUAUAAUUUAUAGUUCAUUAUAUGUUUUAAAUUUAAAUACUUUAAUUUGGUAUAAAUUAAAUGAAAAUGCAGAAGAAAAUGGUCCUGGUCCAAGAUGUGGUCAUUCAAUGACUUAUUUACCAAAAUUUAAUAAAUUAAUUAUAAUGGGUGGUGAUAAAAAUGAUUAUGUUGUAAGUGAUCCUCAUAAUUUUGAUACUUAUGAAAAUUUUAAUGGUGAAGAAGUUGGUACAAUGAUUUAUGAAUUAGAUAUUCAUUUAGUUGAUCAAUUUUUAUUUGGACCUUCUGAUCCUCAACCAUUACUACAACAAGUAUCACCAAAGAAAGUUAAAAAAGUAGCAGCUUCUGCAGCAGCUGCAGCAACAGAUGUUGGUGGUAAGAAUUAUGAUCGUCAUGCAAGAAGUUUUUCUGCUGGUCCAGAAGAUUAUGCAACACCUCAUGGAUCACCAUCACCAGAACGUGAACUUAAUAAUAAAGAUGGUCUUGAAAAUGAUUUUGUUGAAGUUGAAGUUCCUUCAGGUACAAUUUCUCAAACAGAUCAUGAAGAUGGAGAUGAUGAAGAACGUAUUAAUCCUUAUGAUUCAAUAGAUCAUUCUCAAAUUGAACCAAUUAAUAAUGGAUAUGGUGAUGAAAGUAGAAGAAGAUCUUUAGAUCCAAAAUUAGAUGAACCAGUAAAUGGAGGAGUUUCAGGAGUUGGAGUUGCUGCUGCUUUCGCAGCUGCUGGAGCUGCAGGAUCUGCAGCAGGUCAUUCUGAAGGUAUAAUUCAUAAUAAUUUUAGUCAUGAUACUUUAGGAGAUGAAGAAAGAGAUGAAAGACCUACUUAUCUUGAAAGACCAAGUUUUGUAAAUCAUGAAGACGAACAAGAGGAAGAUGAAUCACAUUAUCCAGAACCAACAACUAAUUAUGAAAUUCAUCCAGUUGAAAAAAGUUUUGAAAAACAACAACCACAACCACCACAAAAUGAUUCAAAAGUUAAACAAAUUAUAUCUGAAUUAACUAAUGAAUUAAAUAAUCUUAAAAUUUCAACAAAAGAACAAAUGCAAAAUGCAUCAGAAACUAUUGAAAAUUUAAAAAAUGAAAAUUUAAAUUUACAAACCAAUCAUUCAAAACAAUUACAAGAACAAAAUCAAAUUAUAAAUGAAUUAAAAUCUUCAAUUGAUCCAAAUUUUUUUAACCCAGAUUUACCAAAUGAAACAAAUUUAUCAGAAUUAAAUAGAUAUAAAUUAGAAAGAUUAGAAUUAAAUAAUAAAAUUUUAUAUUUAGAACAAGAAAAUUCUAAAUUAAAUGAAAAAUUUAUUGAAUUUGAACCAUUUAUGAAUAAUCAAAUUGGAGAAUUAGAAACUUUUCAAAAAGUUAUAAAAGUACAAGAAGAACAAAUUGAAAAAUUAAGUCACCAGGUAAAAGAUCAAGAAAUUAUAAAUAAAGAAAUUAAUGAUUGGAAAAUUAAAUAUGAUAAUUUAAAUUUAGAAUUUGAAAAUUAUAAAGCUAUACAUAAUGAUGAUAAUAUUGAAAUAUCAGAAGAGCCAGAACAAAAUGAAUUUUCAGAUAAUAGAUCUAUAUUAAGUACAGCAAAAUCAAGAAAAGAUAUAUCUACUCAAUUAGAAAAUUUAGUUAAUUUAUGGAAUAUAAAACAUCCUUCAACAAGAGAAGUAUCACCCUCAAUAACACCAGAAAAUAAUCCAAUAGUAAAUAAAUUACAACAACAAAUUAAUGAUUUAUUAAGAAUAAGUAAACAAAAUGAAGAAAGUUCAAAAUUUGAAAUUGAAUCAUUAAAAGAAAAUUUACAAACAAAGAUUCAAAAUUUAAAACAGCUUGAAGAUAAUUAUAAAGAAAGUUUACAAUCUGUAAAUAAUACUUCAAAAGCUUUAAAAUUAAAUCAAAAUGAAAUUUUAAAUCAAAGAAAUUUAUUAGAAAAAUUAAUUAAAGAAAAUAAUGAAUUAAAAAUUUUUAAAAAAGCAGCUUCUGGUGGUGCAUCAUCAAGAUCUCCAAUAAUUAAUAGUGAAUCAGCAACUCCUGGUGAACCACUACAAGAAAAUGAAGAAGAUGAUGUAAAUGUUAUAAAUAAUGCUCAUUAUAAUAUGAAAAUAAAAGAUUUAGAAGCUGAUUUAUAUAUUUUAAAACAAGAAAGAGAUCAAUUAAAAGAUAAUGUUACAAGUUUACAAAAACAAUUAUAUUUAUCAAGUAAUAAUUGA